AUGGUCCCAGAGGGGAGCUCCAUGUGGCUGCUGAGGCUGCUGCGGGACAUCCAGCUGGCCCAAUUUUAUUGGCCCAUUCUCGAGCAGCUCAAUGUCACGCGCCCAGAGCACUUUGACUUUGUAAGGCCGGAGGACCUGGACAGCAUUGGCAUGGGUCGGCCUGCCCAGCGCAGACUGGCUGAAGCUCUGAAGAGGCACCGUUCUGGGAUCAAGUCCAGGAACUGGGUAUACAAGAUUCUUGGGGGCUUUGCCCCUGAGCAGGAGACCACUCCACCCUUAGACAGUUCUCUGGGCCUCCCUGAAUCUGAGGGAGGACUCAAGUGUCUGAUCCCAGAGGCCUCUGUGUGCAGAGGGGAGCUGCUGGGCUCCGGUUGCUUUGGUGUGGUGCACCGAGGGCUGUGGACACUACCUGGAGGCCAGAGUGUCCCAGUGGCAGUCAAGUCCCUCCGGGUAGGUCCUGAAGGGCCAGUGGGCGCUGAACUAGGGGACUUCCUCAGAGAGGUAUCGGUCAUGAUGAACUUGGACCACCAACACGUGCUGCGUCUCCAUGGGCUGGUUCUGGGCCAGCCCCUGCAGAUGGUGAUGGAGCUGGCCCCGCUGGGCUCCCUGCACGCGCGCCUCACCGCCCCGGCCCCCACACCCCCUUUGCCUGUGUCCCUCCUCUGCCUCUUUCUGAGGCAGCUGGCGGGGGCCAUGACAUACCUGGGGGCCUGCGGGCUGGUGCACCGAGACCUCGCCACACGCAACCUGCUGCUGGCUGGACCGCAGACCAUCAAGGUGGCCGAUUUUGGGCUGGUGCGGCCAAUAGGUGGCACCCGCGGGCGCUAUGUCAUGGGCGGGCCCCGCCCCAUCCCCUAUGCUUGGUGUGCCCCAGAGAGCCUGCGCCAAGGAGCCUUCUCUUCUGCCUCAGACGUGUGGAUGUUUGGGGUGACGCUGUGGGAGAUGUUCUCAGGGGGUGAGGAGCCCUGGGCCGGCAUCCCACCCUACCUCAUCCUGCACCGACUGGAGAAGGAUCGUGCCCGGCUGCCCCGGCCACCGCUCUGCUCCAGGGCCCUCUAUGCCAUUGCACUGCGCUGCUGGGCCCCCCACCCUGCUGACCGGCCCUAUUUUUCCCAACUAGAGGGGCUGCUCCAAGAGGCCUGGCCUCCUGAGGGACACUGUGUGAGGGACAUCAUGGAACCAGGUGCCCUAAGGAUGGAGUCUGGUGACCCCAUUACCAUCAUCGAGGGCAGCCCCUCUUCUCACAGCCCUGAUGCCACCACGUGGAAGGGACAGAACAGCAAAACGCUCAAAGUGGGCAGCUUCCCUGCGUCAGCAGUGACUCUGGCAGACCGACCGGCCCCUCGUCCAGUCCAUAGAGGUGCCCCUGGCCCUCUCCCAGGAGAGCGGCGCCGGGGCAUUGCCAAUGGAGACAGAGCAAAGCCAAAACUUCAAGAUCUACCUUCAGUACGGGGCCAGCAAAGGGACCUGUCCCUGGCCAGGACGAAAGGCACCUCCAAGAGCCUAGAGUCGGUUCUGUCCCUGGGCCCUCGCCCCACAGGAGGUGGCUCAAGUCCCCCUGAACUUCGGACUGCCAAAGUCGUGCCUGAGGGACCCCCAGCCCCACCACCUCGCCCGCCCUUUGCCUCCAACUCUGCCUCUCAGCCCAGCCAGCCCCCCAAGGAACGGGGCCCUUGGCCCAAAAGGGAGCCCCAUGGUCACCCUGCGGGAGCACCUGCAGUCAGCAAAGCCACUGCGCCCUCUGGAGGCCUCCUGCCUGACCCCGAACUACAGAGGAGGAUUAUGGAGGUGGAGCUGAGUGUGCAUGGAGUCACCCACAGGGAGUGUCAGGCUGCACUGAGAGCCACUGGGGGAGAUGUGGUUUCUGCCAUCCAGAACCUAAAGGUAGAUCAGCUGUUCCACCUGGGCAGCCGGUCCUGGGCAGACUGCCGGCGGAUUCUAGAGCACUACAAGUGGGACCUCUCAGCAGCUAGCCGCUACGUCCUGGCAAGGCCCUGA